UAGUUUGCUUUGGGAUUUUUAGGCUUGAUAGAAGAGUGACACUUCCACCACGAUUUCAGAAGGAGCUUCACCCAUCAAAAAACGUACCUGUGGACUUCAAUGAAAAUGCAAAAGAAAUGAGACAACUCGUGCCACUUCAGCCUCCUUCUCCUUCAAAUACCGAUAUAUAUGAGAUUCAGAGAAGAGUUAAAGAGAUUCUAAAUCAAUGCAGCAAUGGAAUAUGUUUAUCAAAGUUACCGUAUGUGUACAGAGAGACUUAUCGGGAGGACUUAAAUACAGCCUUGCUCCCUCAGUUUGAGAACUGGCCUCACGUUUGUGUGACAGAGAAGGUAUGUUCUGGUGGCCUUAGGGAUAUAUUCCUCUACCCUGCUGCAAAAACACAGCCUUUGGUGAAGGGUGUCUCAAGCGAAGAAGGAAGCCUUCAGCCCCCCUUAGUAAAACAGACUGUAGAGACCAAAGUAGAUGCGCCCCAGGAGGAUUUCAAGCAGAAAAUUGCCGCCAUCUUGUUAAAAUAUUCCAAUGGCCUUUGGGCGAAUGCUCUCCCCAAAGUGUAUGAAGACACGUACAAAGCACCAUUACCUCAGGAUAUUCUGAAAAGUCUUGAGGCCCUCUCGGAUAUAUGUUCAGUGGAUUACAUAUCUGGCAACCCCAAAAAGGCCAUUCUCUAUGCAAAGUCGAAAAAGCACACGGACGAGAACCAGAAUGUGACUGACAAAACCCACACAAAUGAAGUUCUAGCAAGACCAGCCGAGCAGCAUCCCACCACGAUCAAGCACGAAUCCCAAGAGGAGUAUUCGGAGAACAUGACCGUGCCUCCGUUAAUCAUCCCAGCAGAAACAUCACCAUCUGUGCUGGUGGUGGAACUGAGCUCGACAAAUGAAGUUGUUGUCAGGUAUGUGGGCAAAGACUAUUCCGCUGCCCAGGAAUUAAUGGAAGAGCAGAUGAAGGAUUGGUAUGGUCGGAACCCCUCAGGUUUGCAGAUACAGUCUCCUAAAGUUGGACAGGUUGUUGCUGUGCCUGCAGUAGAAGAUGCUUGGCUGCGUGCACAGAUUACUUCGACAGAUGGCAAUAGGAUAAAGGUAUGCUACGUUGAUUAUGGCUUUAGUGAAACCAUUGAGAGUACCAGAGUGUGCAAACUAGCCAAGCAAUUCUAUUCACUGCCGUUCCAGGCUUCAAAAUGCAAACUAGCAGGGUUAGAAGCCUUCUCGGACGACCCUGCGAUGGUGAAAGUGGUGGAGUCUCAAACCUGUGGCAAGAUAUUUGCUGUCGAAAUACUAGAGAAAAAUGACAUCCCCCUUGUCAUCCUCUACGAUACUUCAGGAGAGGAUGACAUCAACAUCAACGCUUCUUGCCUGAAGGCGCUUUGUGAUAAAUCUCUUGCGCUUCGCCUUCAGGUAGAUGCGCUCUAUACAAAUGUCCGAGUAACCAAUGUCUGUUCGGAUGGAACUUUAUACUGUCAAGUGCCAUCAAAGGGCCUGACCAAACUCUCUGAAGCUUUGCAGAAGCUGGAAAAUUACUUCCACCACAAGAUAACCAGUGUUCAUAGUAGCCGGGCUCUUGACGUGCAGUUUAUGGAUACUGGAACAGUAGCAUCUGUAAAAGUAGUAGAGCUGAGAGAGAUUCCCCCAACGUUUCUGCGUGAAGUCAUUGCAAUACCACCUCAGGCAACAAAAUGCUGCUUGGCUGACCUUCCUCUUAAUAUUGGCAUGUGGACUCCAGAUGCUGUGCUUUGGCUGAGAGACACAGUAUUAAAUUGUCCUGACUGCAGCAUUAAGGUGGUUAAACUGGAUGCCAGGAUUGCACACGUCUAUUUAUUUACGCCAAAGAGCUUUCCAGACCCAGACCAUAGUAUUAACAGGCGGAUCACUAACGCAGACUUGUGGAAGCAUCAGAAGGACGUCUUCUUGAGUGCCUUUCCUGGUAGCUCCCUCCCUGCAAAGGGGGAAACGAACUUACCAGAGACAGCAAGCUCAGGUGCCAAGAAGGGUUUUGUUCCACGUGCUCCAGAGGCCAGCAGUGCUGGGACAGCCUUGACUAUGCCUCCGCCUUUGCCGUUGCCAAAACCCCAGGAGCAGAUGGAUGUCUUCGUCACCUUGGCCUGCCAUCCUGGUUACUUUGUCCUCCAGCCUUGGCAAGAGAUGCACAACCUGGAAGUACUGAUGGAAGAGAUGCUUUUGUACUACGGCAAAGCGGAUGAGGGAACUACCGCUGUUGAAAAAAACAAACUCUAUGCUGCUAAAGUGAAAAACAUGUGGCACAGAGUGCUAAUAAGAGGAAUGUUGGCCAACGGGCUGGUGUCCGUUUAUGAGCUGGACUAUGGUAAACAUGAGCUUGUCGGCAUCCAGAAUGUAAAGCCUCUGCAGGAUAUGUUCAGAAAACUGCCAUUUCAGGCCAUAACAGCCCAGCUUGCAGGAACAGAGGGCAAGCAGUGGUCUGAGGAGGCCUCAGUAGUCUUCCGAAAUCAUGUUGAGAAGAAAGCUUUGGUGGCGCAGGUGCAAGCAGUUAUCGAUGGGGCUAAUCCAUGGGAGCGCAAAGCUGUCGUUUACUUAGUUGACACAUCACAACCGGACACAGAUAUCUGGAUUCAUGAUAUUAUGACCCAAUAUUGUAUGGAGAUUUGAAAGGCAAAUUAAUGCUUAACAAAACCCUCAUUAAUAUCAGCAAUAAGAAUGUUAACAUAGCUGUGACCAUUUGUGGUUUUGCUUCGGAUUUUUUUGCACUGUUGAAUGCUAGAAUGUUAACUGUAUAAAUAAAUUUAUCUUAACUUAUUCUAUUGGAACAAUUUCCUUCUAGGAGCUAAGUCUAAAGGUAACCACCUUGCAUCAGCUCACUAGGUGGCAGCCCCCGAGACAACUUUAUCUGCUUUGUGGUGAACCUGUUUUAAUGGCAUCUCCCAUUUAAAAGAUGUAAGAGCGGAUAUGAGGAAAAACCUUGGAAGUGCUGGUGACAGUCAGUGUAGACUGCAUAAAUUAGAUUAACCAGUGGUCUUAAUUCCUUAUGAGACACAUUCAUAUGAUCACGGCUAUGCCUGAGGGUGUGAUCUUGAUUACGGAAACCAUACAGUAAAAUGCCAUCAACCUUUAAAAUUGAGAUGGAACAUUUCCGACUCUGUAGAAUAGUGGCCCUUGAAAAUGAUAGGCUGGGACGGGGAUCUACAUUGAUUAUAAGCCAUCCACACUGCUGCUUUUCCUCCAUAUAUUUGGCUCUUUCCCAUCCCGAUUAAUAAGCCUGGAUCAGCCAAUAGUAGUUUCAAGAAGUAUGUAGAAACAACAUCAUUCCUGAACUCUUUCUUACAAAGCCCAUUUAUAUAACCUGACUGCAGUGGACUCUGUGGCUCCUGGUAACUGUGUACAUCUCGCACGGUUAUGGUGGAUUGCAUGGUUAUCAGGCUAUUUGUGUAUAUUUCAUUACUUGAAAAUCGGGCUCCUGGCAUGGCUUACAUUUAUCCAUAGCAGGACAGCCCCUACCCUCAGACCUACAUUCUAAGAAACAAAUGAAAGGAAAAGUGAUUCAGAGGGAGGAGGAGAAAACCAAACUCUGGCACUAUCUAGUUUGUUGCAGAAUUCUUGUAAUGACCAGCUGGAAUGGGGGGAAAAAUCAAAAGUUGCUGGUCUUUCAUCAGAGCUGAUGGAGAGGCCUUGUAAUCACAUCUCUCCCUCUCUGCAGGUUGACAAAACAACUGCUGAGGGAGGAGCCCAGUGGAGCUGGGAAUGUAAUGCAUAAAAUGUAUAAAUACAUUUUGGAGCUGUAGAGCAGGGAAAGGGAACUUGGCCCAGUAUUGGGAGGAGAAAAUGUUCAUUAAAACUCUCUCCAACUUGGUUUCAUGGAAUCAUUUUGCUAAUGUUUACUUGUGUAAAGCCCAUGUAACUCAAUGGGGCUUAAUUCUGAUUUGGGCAUACAUAGAACUGCACUGUUUAAUUUUGGGUCCUUUCUUCCCACGGACGCCUUUUUAAAACCUUUGGGUCUGGUUCUGAAUAAAGCACCUUGGGUUUUGCAAGACA